GAUCAGGGAAACGAUGCCCUUGGAUCGUGCGAGUUUAUUCUCAUUCGUUACGUACAGCUGGCUGACCAAGUACAUGAAAAUAGCGUAUAAUCGUGGACUCGGUAGUGAAGACAUUCCCCUCUGUUCUCCCAAAGAUAGUUGCGAUCACGCAGCGCAAAGACUGGAACGAUUGUGGAGUGAGGAAGUGAAACGUCGUGGUCUCGAAGAUGCCUCUUUACAACGGGUCAUUUGGAAAUUCACUCGUUCACGAGUUCUGGUGAACAUCGCUUUAUAUCUAACGUCCAUCGUGUUCGGUUUCAUCGGACCGAUCUUCUUUAUGAGCCGGUUAAUACAGUUCUGUCAGGACCACGACAAGGUUUGGUGGCACGGUGCACUAUGGGCAGCCGGAAUGGCUGGCUCUGAACUCACGCGUGUUUUGCUCUUUGGCGUGUCGUGGGGAAUUGCUUACAGAACGGGAACGCGGCUCCGAUCGGCCGUCAUGACGAUGCUCUACAAAAAAGUUAUACGCCUCUCUACUUUGGGCGAUAAGUCCAUUGGUGAAAUGAUCAAUUUAUUUGCCAAUGAUGGUCAAAGGAUUUAUGAAGUGGCCAGCUUUGGACCUUUCAUUAUCGGUGAUCCCUUCGUCGCCACAAUGGGUACCGGCUACACGAUUUGGCUGUUGGGUCCGCAUGCGGCUCUGGGCAUGCUUGUCUUUGUCCUCUUCUAUCCAGUCCAAUAUUUAGUUUCCACAUUGACCGGAUACUUCCGUCGUCGAACGUUAAGCGCCACAGAUCAGAGGGUUCAACUUAUGAACGAGCUGUUAAUCUGCAUCAAACUGAUCAAGAUGUACGCCUGGGAAAAGCCGUUCUCCAAAAGCAUUAAAAAAAUCAGAGAAAAGGAAAAACGUUUUCUUGAAUCCACGGCCUACGUUCAAUCUGCUAGUGUCGCACUCACGCCCGUCGUGCCCAUCAUCGCAGUCAUCGUGACUUUCCUGGCCCACAUUGGAUUUGGAUACGACCUUUCACCUGCCGAAGGCUUCGCUGUGGUUGCUGUCAUGAUCUCAAGAGUUCGACCUUCGUUGAACGGUGCCCGUGAAGCUCUGAAAACAUGGGACGAAGCCAGGGUUAUCUGGCCUCGUAUCAAGAGUGUUCUAUCCAUGGAGGAAAGCAAGCCUUUCUCGGAGAAGCCAAUUGAUCGGAGCAUUGCGUUAUCAAUUUACAAUGGAUCGUUCGUCUGGCGAGAAAGUGCCCUAACUACGACCAGGGCUAAACGCAACCGAAAUUUAUGGAGUCGCAUCUGCUGCUGUUGCGGGCAAGGUGACAUAGAGAAGGAAGUGCUCACAUCAUUGGUCCAGCCAAAAUCGAUCCCUGUGCUCAUCAGCAUCAACCUCGUCGUACCUAAGGGCCGUUUGGUUGCCGUUUGUGGAACAGUGGGAUCCGGAAAAUCUUCUCUCCUCUCGGCCAUUCUCGGUCAAAUGAUUUUAGAACAAGGCCGGGUCACUAUUGACGGAUCUUUCGCUUACGUCUCACAACAAGCUUGGAUCAUGAAUUGUACCCUAAAAGAAAACAUUCUCUUUGGCGAACCCUUCGAAAUGGAAAAGUAUAACCGCGUUCUGAUGGUGUGUGCCCUGGAUCAGGACAUUGGUAUUCUUCCAGCUGGCGAUCAAACAGAAAUCGGUGAAAGAGGCAUCAAUCUCUCGGGCGGCCAAAGGCAGAGGGUGUCCUUAGCCCGGGCCAUUUACGCCAACAGGGAUAUCUAUUUACUAGACGACCCUCUGAGUGCCGUGGACAGUCACGUCGGUAAUCACAUUUUCAAUCACUGUAUUCGCGGAGCUCUUAAGGAGAAGACGGUCGUGUUCGUGACCCAUCAACUUCAGUACCUCAGCCAGUGCGAUGAAGUUAUCUUCAUGGAUCAUGGAAGGAUCUUGGAUCAAGGUCGUCAUGGUGACCUGUUGAAUCAGAACGAACGAUAUGCAACGCUGGUAAAUACGUUUUUGCAUGAAGAAAGUGAAACUAACUUGGAAGAAGUAGUCAGCAGUUCAGAAGACGAUCAGAUCAUAUCACAAACUUCCGGUCGAGCUUCUCCUGAAAGCGCAACCUUUAAGAGGAAACAGUUUGGAAAGAGAUCGAGUUUAUCGACAUCAACCGAAUUAGUGUUGAGUAAACAUUCAGUUACCGACGAUGAGUUGUAUUCAAAUGUGGACACUGGCGGCCGUCUGAUCGAAGAGGAGAAAAUGGAAGUUGGCUCUAUCCCUUGUAAAACGUACAAAGCCUACAUCAAAUCAGCUGGAGGAUACAUUCUUGCUGCUUUCGUUCUUUCCAUGUUCACCGUCAACGUAGUCGGCAGUGGUACAAUAACCCUUCGUUUUCACGAACGAAUUCAAUGUUGUCUAAUUUACGUCUCGUUUCAUGUUCCUUCAGCGAUGAGUUCGUGGUGGCUGGCUCAUUGGCUUAACACUGGCGUUGUGAAUGCCACGAGGACAGUUGGCAAUGAAACUGAAUAUUACCCGAGUGUACGAGGCCAUCCGGAUCUUCAUUACUACGAACUAGUUUACGGCAUGUUUAUCCUAGUCAUUGUGUUCUCCAGUUUGAUCCGUAGUUUCUUCUUUAUCAAAGCUUCGUUGCGUGCAUCCAAUUUACUGCACAAUCGACUACUCGUCAAAGUGUUUAACAGUCCCAUGUCUUUCUUCGAUUCGACGCCAGUUGGCCGCAUCCUCAACAUUUUUUCACGGGAUCUCGACGAGACUGAUUGCCGCUUACCUUCGUGCAUCGAGGCUCUCGUUCAGAACAUGCUGGUUGUGUCGAUGUCUAUCACGUUCAUCGCCAUGGUCGUCCCUUGGUUUCUCAUUGCUCUUCUCCUCCUGGCUGUUAUCUUUAUCUUGGUCAGUCGCACCUUUCGAUGUGCCCUCCGCGAUCUCAAACGGCUGGAGAACGUUUCACGGUCGCCAAUUUACAGUCACGUCACGGCCAGCGUUAGUGGACUGAAUACGAUUCAUGCAUUUGGCAAGGAACGUGCCUUCGUCUCCAAAUUUAUGAAUUUGUACGACGAAAACUCGUCCGUCUUUUUCUUGUUUACCUGCAGCAUGCGCUGGCUUGCAGUCAGAUUGGAUUUCAUCGCAGUUUGCAUCAUUGGCGUUACGGCUGGACUUGUUGUUGUUCUUCGUGGAAUGAUUCCACCGGCAUUUGCCGGCCUGGCUUUAGCCUACGCUGGCCAGUUGACAGGCAUUCUGCAGAAUACCGUCCGUUGGGCCUCCGAAACGGAGUCUCGUUUCACAUCCGUUCAACGAAUGGAAACGUUACUAGACACAUUGGAAAGCGAAGGACCUGCGAUUGUUAAAGAGCGUCGACCACCAAGUGAUUGGCCCCAAAAGGGUUCCAUCGUCUUCUCAAACGUCAACAUGCGUUAUCGGUCGAAUCUACCGUUGGUCCUGAACGAUGUUUCUUUUCACAUCAAACCCAAAGAGAAAAUAGGUAUCGUCGGUAGAACGGGUUCGGGAAAAUCGUCAUUGGGUGUCGUAUUAUUCAGAUUGGUGGAUCUGACAUCCGGUGUCAUUGAAAUCGAUGGUAUUGAUAUAGCAGAAAUAGGACUAGAAGAUUUGCGUUCGAAAUUGUCUAUUAUUCCUCAGGAUCCGGUGCUUUUUAUCGGUACCAUCCGGUACAAUCUAGACCCUUUUCAAAAGUAUAGUGACGACGUUAUUUGGGAGGCCGUUGAACGAACUUACAUGAAAGAUAAAAUCAAAGCACUGCCCGACAAACUGGACAGCGCAGUCAUCGAGAACGGUGAAAAUUUCUCUGUUGGCGAGAGGCAGCUGCUUUGCAUGGCCCGAGCUCUGUUGCGUCACAGUAAGAUUCUCUUAUUGGAUGAGGCCACGGCGGCCAUUGAUACUCAGACGGACGCGCUGGUACAGCAAACGUUGCGUGAAGCUUUUGAAGAUUGUACCAUCCUGACCAUUGCUCAUCGCCUCAACACAGUCAUCCAAUGCGAUCGUGUUCUUGUCCUUCAAGGCGGAAUGGUAGUGGAAUUCGACAAUCCUUUGGUUCUCUUGGCGAAUGGCCGUUCGUCCUUUGCUGGAAUGAUGGCCGCAGCACAACGCAGAAAUGCUUUUUUAAUGUAGAAUUUUUAGUAUAUUCUUUUUAAUAAAUCGUUUCACAUAUAGCUAAAUCUUUAGUAAGACGUGAAAGUGGAUUGUUGACGGAGUUAUUGGAUUCGGUAUUAGAGCCAGACUUGUAUCGUUUCACCUUUCACGACGUCAUCACGCUAUACCCGAAACAAACUGGACACAUUUACAAAUGUCCCGCACCAGGUCGUGUUGCUUUCCAAACGGCUAACUAUCAGCCGAAAAGAAAGAAAAUGUAAAUAUUAAUCGCAAGCUAGAUCUCUUUAGCGUUGAUUUUGGUGAUUUCCCGGAAAGUGGGAACGGUCUUGGUUAAAACUCGUAAGAUGGCGUUUGAAUGAAAGAAACAUGACUAAAAGUAGACCUACAGCUAAGAUACCAUUUAAUGUGAGCCAACAUCAAGUGGAUUGCACCUGAUUUUUUUGUCACUGGGCCAAUCACAAUGAAACGGUGUUUUUGUGGUGAACGUUCUGUCCCGUUUCCCCCGUCCCAUGUUAGGUCGCAGAAUAGAAAGCUUUUUUGUAUUUGAUUUUGUACACACUAUGCUAAUCAGUGUUGUGUUAACAAAUUCCCGACGUUCUAAAAUAUAACCGAAUCGAAACCCGUUUAUAUUCUAAAACUCAUAUCCUGUUGGUGUCACACUCUCUAUUCAGCACAGCUUAUGAAGAUGAAGUGAUAAAAAUUACCAACUAGCCCGUGAUUUCUCCCGCAGUACGUCUACAGUCUUGACCAUCCUCAAUAGUGAUGUCCCAACGAACAGCUAGAGAAGAGAUUCUUAGAAAGCGCAAAAGCGAUCUGCAUAGUGAAGGACUGGACAGUCUCGUCUAUGACUUGCUGAAAAAUGAACGACGACGGCUCUUUACCAUUUUUAACCGUUUCUACGCGACCGACUCGCAUCCCGCCGCCGUCGGCUCCUCGUAAACAUACGAGACCUUGAGCUAGCAACGGGAGAAACCUCGUGAGAUCGCCUUCGUUUUCUUAUUUUUGUCCCUGUUUUACAGUUGUGAUUGCAGCAGAUGAUGUAAAGUAAAAAAUAAAUGGGGCUUUAUUGGCGGCUA